CAAUCGUAGAAAAUGUCGACAUCUGUGAUCAUCCUUGUGCUCCAAAUAUGUAUAAAUACGAUAGGAACUUUUGGUAUUUCCAUCAUAUCAUCAUGGAUUUUAGUUGGGGAAAGAACGUUUUGAUUGCGAAAGUAGCACUAUGGUGUUGCUUGGUUUUACUUCUGAGUCAACCCGAAAUAUCUACAGCCGCAAGAACGCGCUCAACCACAAAAAAAAUCAACUCAUACGACCUUGCAGCGAGAAUACAAAAAAGAAUCCAACCCCUUUAUGCGAUGAAGAAUUCCAUCAACUCUGCCACAAAGAAAAAGAUACAACUGGCUGUUCCAAUGGACUGUUUUGCUACCCUAAGAAAUCCCCAGAUGGAUGUGAUCUCUCCUGUCCACUGUUUUGCUCGAAAGACGAAAUUUAUUGCCCCGGCACACAACCCGCCGUUGAGGCAAAGUGCCCAGGACCGGAUUCUUGUCUGAGCCGCAUUGAAGUCUCCUCGGGAUGUCCAAACUACUGCACCCCCAAUUGUGCUGCCGACGAAAAGAUUUGCCCGGGCGUGAGGACUUCUGAGAAUCCGUGUUUGAGCAAACCCAUUUGUCAUCCCAUUGACCAAGAGUGCCCCGGACAAACUCAUGAUGUCCUCGGUUGUCCCCUCUCCAGUAAACCUGAGCCAUCUAAAUGUCCAGAGGGUCAAAUUCUCUGUCCAAGCGGUGUAGACUCCAAGGGCUGCAAUUUGGGUAUGCAGUGCAAGGCUCCCAUUGCUACUCUAAACGAAAAGUGCCCCAUGGUAUGUCCCGUGGCCUGCACUCAUAUUCAUGAAGUCAUAUGUCCCCAGAUUUACGACGCCAAUGGAUGUCCUAAGCCUCGUGUGUGUGCACCUUCACUCAUGAGCUGCCCUGAAGCGGAAUUCGAGCCGGAGACGGGUUGUCCUAUCAUGAAAGAACCUGAAUGCGAUAUCACCACUCAGCAACAAUGCCAAAGAGCGCCUCUGUAUAAACGGGAUAUUCCAGGAAUCAACGUGAAAGACUUGUUUGAUCCAGAUGCAAUCUGCAUCCGCCCCGGUAUUUGCAUGCCCAAAUACAAGCCAGGAACGCUGUGUCCGUUCAUGUGCGAUUUUAAGUGCAACUUCAUUCACGAGAAUGGAGUGGAACUCGUGACAUUGAAGAGAUGCGACGGCAUUUAUGAUGACCGUGGAUGUCAGAGACAGCAUUAUUGCACGGAGAAAGAGUUUCCAUGCGACGAACAAAUAUUUGACAAGAGGGGAUGCGCCAUUCACCCAUCCGUAGAAUGCGCACCCAAUGAGGAGAAAUGUGAGGGCACAUUUGACCAAAAUGCGUGUCAAUCGUCACCCACGUGCAUUCCCAAAGAUUCGGCUUGCUCUUGUCCAACAUCGGAUUAUGACAAUCUGGGCUGUCCCAAGGUGGUAAAGGAUGUCGUGUGUGCUGACAAUCAAAAGAAGUGUCCCAAGGGCCCUAGCGACAAGGAAUGCGAGAUGGGAUUUACUUGCGCUCCAAAACAAGUUGAUGGUUGCGCUACAAUUUGCCCUUUGCACUGUCCUUCUGAUGAACGUUCUUGCGUUGCCAAAAAGGAGGGCAAUUGUGUUACUGAGCGUAUAUGUCAAUCCCUGAUGAUGAAAGAGGAAGGCAAAACCCAUUGCGUACUCCCUUGUCCUCUGUUUUGCCCGGAAAACCACCAAAUCUGCACCACUUACAACAGUUUGGGCUGUCCCAUGUUGUCCUGUGUAGCUUCGGGCGACAAAUGCGUCAGUCAAUAUGACGACAAAGGUUGUCAAAAAAUGGUGGAUCCAGAGUGCGAUCAAAAGACCCACAAGAUGUGCCCUCUGGGUGUGGAUGCUGAUGGUUGCUCAUUUGGCCAAACUUGUGCUCCCAUUGAUCUCCCUUGUCCUGUGGCCUGCGAUCACGGUUUGGAACAUGAAUGUAGCCGAGGCGUUUGGAAUGGAGCCAAAUUGGGCAACUAUUGUGUGCCUAAAACCAAGGUGUCUGAAAUCUACCAAACUUUGAGCUGUGAGGCAUCUUGUCCACUGGCGUGUGACUGGGCCACGGAAAAAGCCUGCAGCAACGGUUAUGAGCUCACCACAGGAUGCCCCAAGCAAGACUCCUGUCAGAGUAAGAGCAUCCCGUGUGCUGAGCCUCUAGAUUGAGUUCAUCUGAAAAAUGACGUCCACUCCCUUUGUUUUGUUACGGUUGAUUACCCCAUCAAUAAUGUCGAUGUUGGAAGUCAAGUUUCAAGAUGCUUUAACAUUCCUUCUAAAUAUACACUUUCAGCUUGAAAA